AUGUUUUCGAAUUCAAUUCUCCAAUUAGGUAUUCUCAUUAUUCUCUGGUAUUCGGUUAGUUCAUUAGCGAAUAUCAUUGGUAAACGACUACUCACUACUUUUCCACAUCCAGUGACCGUUACACUUGCACAACUCUUCCACGGUUGGGCCUAUUCUGUACCAUUGCUUCGUUUAUUGAAGAUUCCUACACCAACUUACUUGCAUUCAACACGUAUCUACUAUAUAAUCAUUAUUGUUCCGUUAGCAAUCGGAAAAUUACUUUCACAAUUAACUUCACAGAUCAGUUUACGAUUAGUACCUGUUUCGUAUACGCAUACAGUUAAAGCUCUAAUGCCUCUAUUCACCGUGUUAUUAUCGCGAGUCGUACUCAAAGAAGCCCAAUCAUUCCAGGUUUACUUGUCAUUGAUUCCAAUAAUAAUUGGAGUGAUUAUUGCAUCCAUGAGUGAAUUAUCUUUUGAUACAACUGGUUUUGUUAGUGUGAUGUUCAGUACAUGUUUACUUGCAGUUCAAAACGUGUAUUCGAAGAAAGCACUUAAACAUGUUGACAUACAUCAUAUAGCACUUCUUUCCGUUCUUUCAAAGAUAGCUUGGUGUCUGCUCGUGCCUUUCUGGAUUUUAAUAGACGGUCCACAAGUCAAUAUUCAGCAAGAAUUCACAUUCGAAGUGAUAUUUUACAUACUAUCCGAUGGUGUUUGUAAUUUCAUAUACAAUGUGAUCGCAUUUACAAUGAUCUCUCGUCUUUCCCCACUUAGUUAUGUGAUUGCCGGUAGUACAAAACGUCUCGUUGUUAUCGCUGUUUCUAUUCUCGUUCUUCACAAUCCAGUGACGAAACUGAAUCUUUUCGGGAUUAGUCUAGCAUUAGUCGGUGUUCUUCUCUAUAAUAAAAUCAAAUACAAUGAGAGUAAACAACUUUCAAUUCCGAAAAUCUCAACAGCAUCGUCACCAUUUCCAUGA